CAGAGAGAAGAAGAAGAGACGAUGGACAUCCAGACGAGUCCGGGGAUGCGUUCGCUCAGCGCCAUGGAGAAUCUGGAGUCGCAGCUGAGUUGUCCGAUCUGUCUCGACAUGUUCAACAAACCCGUGGUCAUUCUGCCCUGUCAACACAACCUCUGCCGCAGCUGCGCCAACGACCUCUACGAGUCCCGCAACCCCUACCACUUCUCCGGCGGCACCUUCCGCUGCCCCACCUGUCGCUUCGAGGUCAUGCUCGACCGCCACGGCGUGUACGGGCUGCAGAGGAACCUGCUGGUGGAGAACAUCAUCGACAUCUACAAGCAGCAGCAGGAGAGCCGCGGCGGCAGUGACGAAGAACCGCCCCUGAAGGACAAAGACACCAAGGAGCCCAUGUGUAAGGAGCACGAGGAAGAACGCAUCAACAUCUACUGCAUCACAUGCCAGACGCCGACCUGCUCCAUGUGCAAAGUGUUCGGGCAACACAAAGACUGCGAGGUGUCGCCGCUGCACGCCAUCUACCAGAGCCAGAAGAGCGAGCUGUGUGCCGCUGUGGAGCUGCUGGCUGCAGGAAACAGCUGCGUCCAGGCCGUGGUGGCGCAGAUGGACGACACAUGCAAGCUGAUUCAGGACAACGGCGAGCUGCAGAGGAGACGCCUGGGCGAGAGCUUUGACCUGUUGUACGCCAUCAUGGAGGAGAGGAAAGGUCAGCUGCUGGAGAACAUCAGCCGCGAAGAGCAAGACAAGAUGUCUGUGCUCCGAGCGCUCGCCGAGCAAUACAAGCAGCAGCUGCAGCUCAGCAACCAGCUGCAGGAGAAGCUGCGGCAGAGCGUGCAGAGCAGCGGCGCUGCAGAGUUCCUGCUCACCGCCAAGCAGCUGCAGGAGGAGGCGCAUAAGGCGGCGAGCGGCGUUGACCUGCAAAGAGUCGAAGCCGGCUACGAGAGCAUGGAACACCUGAGGCUCAACACGGAGGAGGUGGAGACGCUGCUCGCUCACAUGGACUUCAGACAGGACGGCGAGGACGAAGAGUCAAAACUGACGGCAUCAGUUGAUCCUGGUCACAUGACCAAAACCGGCGGGGAAAGAUGACGACCAGGAUGACGACAGGAAGUCACUUUGUUUCUGCUGCUUCUUCACAAACUUCCGUUUCACCUUGAAAUAAAUGAGUUGUGCAAUUUUUUCACAAAGUUUUGAAACUUUCUAUUUUGUAUUUGAUUUUUUAUACUUUUGUAUUUGGAUGUUUCUCUGGUCUGGACUGAACUGUGCAACUGUCUUCAGGUGUGAAGACAAUUUGAUCGUUGAUUGUGGUUUGUAGUCG